CCCCCGGCGAGGCAUUCGCAUCCCCAUGACGACAGGAAACUAUGCUUAACCGACAGUUAAGACCAACCCGCAUACGUAGUUGUGUACGGUUGGUUGCGCUGACAGUGCGGGAUGUACGCAUGGCAGACUCUUGGUAGGUAGUCAAGCAGGCAUCAAGAUUCGUAGACAGACGUGGGUCAGUGUGUCUGUCAAGUGGGAUCAAUGUUCUGUUGGCUGUCUACUUAAACUUCCCUACUGUGAUUGUGUCAACAGGCGACGCAGUUCUGGAUCGUCCCAAGAAACGCAAAGAAGAGCGCUUGCGUGUCGCCGACAAAGCAACAUUGCCACCAGAUCGGCUGCUUCGAACAUUAAACAAAACAAAAGAGGUUUCGGGGCGAUGGAUAGACUCUUAUUCUUGACUAAAACUUAAGUUUAGUUCAAGGACCCUCCGCUGCUUUUGCUCCCCGCGGCGCUUAAACCGGCCCUGCGAGGCUGCGACAACCUUUUUAGUCUCGUUUGCUUGACGGCCCCUUUCUCCUACUUAAAUUUUUCGCCAACCCCAUUCCUAUCGUCUGUGCCUUGCGUUCUAUCCAAUUUCUACACAGACGUGGUAGGUUGCGAUAAGUCAUCAUGAAGCGCAUCUUCAAUUCCUUCAGCAGGCGAUCCAGUCCCGCGCGCGACUCCCCUUCGUACCCCGAGGACUCUCCUGAGAGUAUCAUACUAAGAGAAGUGACCGCGUUCUGCGAAUCGGGUCCCAACAGCGCCAAUGGAGACGAGUUCGUUCAUCUUCCCGCCAUCGUUGAAAGCGCCGAAUCCAGCCCCAACGCCGCCCGGGAAGCCGCCCUUCGCAUCUCCAAGCUGUUGUCCAAUCCCGCCAAAACUCGGAGCAAUGUUCAGUACAAUGCGAUCAUGCUCAUGCGCAUCCUCAUCGACAACCCAGGGCAUACUUUUUCGCGGAACAUCGACGUCAAAUUCGUGGCGACUGUGAAGGACCUCUUCCGUAACGGGCGGGAUAUGAACGUACACACCUUCUUGCGGGACACUUUGGAUACUUUGGAAAUGCAACGGUCAUGGGACGAGGAUCUCGCACUGCUCCUGGGGAUGUGGAGUAAGGAGAAGGACAAGUAUGCUUCCAAGAAUUCGGGUAAUCCCGGCUUGACACAACCCCUGGUACAGCCAUACCGACAAACCCCGAAUUACUACAACGCCCCCAGUCAGGACCAGCAUGGCGGGCUCCCGCAGCCCGAAGAACUCUCCGCACGCAUCUCCGAGGCCAAGACAUCCGCGAAGCUCCUCAUUCAAUUCGUCCAAUCCACGCCGCCGGCCGAGAUGCUCGAGAACGAACUCAUCAAAGAAUUCUCCGACCGGUGUCGCACCGCCUCCCGCAUCAUUCAGAACUAUAUCCACUCCACGAAUCCCGCUCCAGACGAGGAUACCCUCGUCACCUUGAUCGAAACCAACGACGAACUGUCCGUCGCCCUGUCCAAGCACCAGCAUGCCUUGCUCCAGGCGCGUCGCGCCCAGGGACAAUCCGGCAGCCAGUCGCCUGCAUCGUCCAGUCAGGCCUCGUCAUCUGGCGCCGUGCAACCACCAGUCCCGGCAGCAGGAGCUUCUGCGCCGCCGGUUCCGCCUCGGAACCAAACGCAGAGCCCGCUAUCAUCAGGCUCUUCCUCGACCGCUCCGGUCCUUCCGCGCACGUAUAGCAACGGCGCAGGCCGGUUCGAGUACCGCUCGGAGGAUUACCAGGUGCAGAACCCAUUUGCUGAUACUAGCGCUACUACUGCUGCGGGUACUGCACCUCUGGCUCCUGCGGGACAUGGUGAUGAGCAUCAGGCUCGCGCGGAGGGGUCGUCUGCCGACUGGUGGGCGGAGGGACAGCAGCAGCGACCGGUACAGCAGCAUUAUUGAUUAUACUGCAUUGAUUGAUUGAUUGUAUUGACUGUAGGAUGGUGCUUUCUGAUGAUGAUUAUUGUUUGACUUUUGAUGUAUCGAUACCUUUUGUGAUACCUCUACCGCGCAGUGGAUUUAAUGCUAGAUGUACUUGCAUGAUACUGAUGGUGUGUGUGUGUGUGUGUGUGUGUGUGUGUGUGUGUGUGUGUGUGUGUGUGUGUGUGUGU